UCUUGGCUCUUCCUCCCCCGGACGGGCUGGUAUCCAUUAUCCAUCCAUCAACCCGCCUCCAAUAUCGGAUUCCGGUCGAGAAAUUUUCGCGCUUCGUGUCUUACAGGAGCAUAUCAACCGAAUUCUCAUCACUCAAACCUCUCAUGCAUCCACUUGCUUAAAGAGGAGAUCUCCCAUGUGCUUCUAGCAUCCAAAUGCUACGACCUUAUCAAGCCCCGUUCUCCCUGAUCGCCACCAAAAAGAAGGGGUUCCAAACAUGAGGGGCGACCUCGAGACGACCAGGGCCGAAAAGGCCCUCCACGACCAGACCGACAUCCUCCCGCUGAGGAAGCUGCUCGUCGUCUUCGCGACGCUGGCCGUCACCCUGCUCGUCUCCUUCAUCGACCAGAACGGCAUCAGCGUCACGCUGCCCACCAUCGCCGCCGACCUCGACGCCGAGGCCACCAUCUCCUGGGCCGGCACCGCGUCGCUCGUCGCCAACACGACCUUCCAGAUGCUGUACGGCCGCUUCUCCGACAUCUUUGGCCGCAAGGCCGUCUUCCUGACCGCCGUCGCGCUGCUGUCCGUCGCCGACCUGCUGUGCGGCCUGUCGCGGAACGCGGCCAUGUUCUACGUCUUCCGCGGCGUCGCGGGCAUCGGCGGCGGCGGCAUCUCGAACCUCGCCAUGAUCAUCGUCUCGGACGUCGUCACCCUCGAGCAGCGGGGCAAGUACCAGGGCAUCCUCGGCUCCAUGAUCGGCCUGGGCAACGUCCUCGGGCCCUUCCUCGCCGCGGCCUUCGUCGAGAGGGCGACGUGGAGGGCCUUCUUCUGGAUGCUCUCGCCGCUCGGCGUCAUCGUCGGCGUCAUCUCCUAUUUCCUCCUGCCGUCCAAGCCGCCGCAGGACGAUUUUGUGAGGAGCGUCAAGAAGAUCGACUAUGCCGGCUCCCUGACAUCCUCGGCCGGGGUUAUCUUGUUGUUGAUUCCCAUCUCUGGGGGUGGUGCCUACUUCCCAUGGAACUCGGCCAUGGUCAUCAGCAUGCUCACGAUCGGUGCCCUCGCCCUGGUCUCUUUUGUGAUUGUUGAAUGGAAGUUUGCGAAACUCCCCAUGAUGCCGGUCCCUAUCUUCAAGAACAAAGUCAUCGUCGUUCUGUUAACUCAGUCCUUCCUCUUUGGUGCGGUGUACCAAUCGUAUCUCUACUAUGUUCCCCUCUACCUCCAGAACGCACAUCAGUAUUCGGUCAUCCAGUCUGCUGCAAUCUACGUCGCCCUCGUCGUCUGCCAGUCCGUCUUCUCCAUCAUCUCGGGACAGUACAUCUCGAGGGUUCAGCGCUACGGAGAGGUCAUAUGGGCCGGAUUCGGUCUUUGGACUUUGGGUGCGGGACUGACUCUGAUCUACGAUCGCCACACCAAGCCGGGAGUCAUCGUCAUCCCGCUGCUCAUCAUCGGCAUCGGCGUCGGCUUCAUCUUCCAGCCGACCCUCGUCGCCCUCCAAGCGCACUCCAUCAAGUCCCGACGGGCCGUCAUCACGUCCAACCGCAACUUCUUCCGGUGCGCCGGCGGCGCGUGUGGCCUCGCCGUGUCUGGGGCGGUACUGCAGGCGACCCUGAGAGCGAAGCUGCCACCAGAGUUCAAGGACCUGGCGAGCAGCACCUAUUCGAUACCCAAGCUGAACGAGCAGGACAUGUCCGCCGUUCUGGAUGCAUACAUGGCGGCGAGUCGGGCGGUUUUCAUUCUCCAGAUACCAUUGAUCGGGUUGUGCCUGAUUGGUUGCUUGUUCAUCAGAGACCGAGGUCUACAUCCGAUCGAGGAUGCAAAAGCAGAAGAGUCAUCAGGUGAAAGUCGAGAUGAAGAAGAUGCAGUUCCACAAGAGAAGGAUUCGGGGAACGGCAAUGGUAGAAACGAUGAACGGAUAUUGGCGCCUGUUUCCAGCAGCCGGCGGGAAGUGGCAGGUAAUUGAGAUCUUAUGAUACAUGAACAUGAUACACGGCAUAGAGGGCACGACAAGAUAUAGAAAAAGGAGAUUUGGUAGUAAUAGUAAUAGAUGCACGAUUAAACUCUUUUCAGAGUUUGUCAUUGCAGGGCCAAGCAGGGGCCAAGGUUGUAUUCAAUAGUACAUCGUAGGCUCAAGGUCACCCCAUCUUGCAACUAUUAUGUAGUAC